AUGAAAACUCAAUUCAAUUAUGCUGUCUUCGCUUACCUUAUUCGUAAUUCGGAGAACGAUUUUCUCCCAGAUUUGCUGAAUUUCGAGCUCGUCAAGUUUGAAAAGCUGGACGAUUUAAUGAACGAUUGGAUUGGUCGGACGAACUUGCGCGCCGUUAUCCUUACGGUUAGAGAAACAACGGAGUGGUUAGAUUUCGUACGUCAUAAAAUCCUGAAACAGCGCACAUUUUUUUGGAUGAAUUCGCUUGAUGAUUUUCUUCAGUUUGGUGCUACAGCAGCCCGAAUGUUCGAUUACAUGAUGAAGCGUUCGCUGGGUUACACGGUGGAUAUGAACAACGACAAGGAAUGUGCAGCUGCAUAUGAGAAAUGGAACCAGCGAGUUCAACGAUAUGUUCCAGUUGAACGACUUUUGGUGUUCCGCGUAACCGAUGGCUGGGAACCACUUUGUCAAUUCUUACAGGUCCCCGUGCCAACCAUUCCAUUCCCACACGAGAACAACAGGGAACAGUUCCAUUCUCACAUAAAAUUCCACAUGGAUAAACAUCGAAUUCAAAUUUUGUUGCUGCUAGCAAUGAGUCUUGUUUGUUAUAUCGUAUUCAAACGCAAAGAUAUAUAUGUGCGCGGAACAUUGUAUCACUGUUUGAGUGACGUAAAUGCAACAGAAAGUUUCGACAGCGGUGCAAAAGCAACCCAUCCUGGUUAUCGGCGCUGGCCUGGGAUGAACGUGGACGAGGAGUUUGAAGUCAGCAUUAGAGCACUUCUAUGGAGAGCCGUGGUAUCACAUCGCCGGGAUCAUGCUGAAAAGUGGUUACGAGUGGAUAAACUGGUCUCACAAUCCCCAGAUGGCCACAUUGAAGGAAGCUUGUUCGACGAGAUAUUUAAAGGUUACGGAUAUACAGUGGACUACCCAGCCUGUACAUAUUACGCCCAAUUGAUGGAGCACUAUCCACAUGCUAAGGUCACCCUUACAUUUAGAGAAACAACGAGGUGGUUAGAUUCCGCGCGUCAUACAAUUCUGAAACAGCGGACAUUCUCCUGGAUGAAUGGGUUAUUAGGUUUUCUUCAUUUCGGUGCUACCACAGCGCGAAUGCUCGACUGCCUGAUAAAACGUUCUCCGGGUUACACAGUGGGCAUGAACAACGACAAAGAAUGUGCAGCUGCAUUUGAGGAAUGGAACCAGCGAGUUCAACGAUACGUUCCAGCUGAACGACUUUUGAUGCUCCGCGUAACCAAUGUCUGGGAACCACUUUGUCGUUUCCGCCUGGAACAGAAAGAUUCACCACGAGUGCGAAAACCCUCAAUCGUUGUUAUCGGCGCAGGCCUAGGACGAACGGGGACGCUGAGUUUGAAAACAGCACUGGAGCAUAUCUACGGAGAGCCAUGUUAUCAUAUGCGUGAGAUUUUGGGACGGCACCGAGAGCAUGCCAAGAAGUGGUUGCUGGUGGAUGAGCUUGUAUCACAAUCCCCGGAUGGUCACAUUGACGGACACUUAUUCGACGAGAUACUUCAAGGCUACCGGUGCAUAGUGGACUAUCCCGGAUGUACGUAUUACGCUCAGCUGAUGGAGCAUUACCCAGAGGCAAAGAUUAUUCUCACGGUCAGAGAAACAACAAAGUGGUUAGAUUCCGUGCGUCAUACAUUCCUGAAACAGCGGACAUUCUCCUGGGUGAAUUGGCUAGAUGCUUCCGUUCAAUUCGGUGCUGUCAUAGCACGAAUGUUUGACUGCGGAAUGAAGCGUUCGCUGGGUUACACGGUGGACAUAAACAACGACAACGAAUGUGCAGCUGCAUACGAGAAAUGGAACCAACGAGUUCAGCGAUACGUUCCGGCUGAUCGACUCUUGAACCGGCAGCGGUAACGACGGUAGAAAAUGAAGACAUCCCUGAACACCGAACAGAUGAUAUUGUC